UAUGCAGCUCCCAAAUCUCAAGUCCCAACCACAACUUCCAUCCAAAGUCUCUCAUUUCCUUUGCUUUUCGCUUCCACUGGUGUGCACACCACAUCCGCCAAAUCAAGCAAGAUGGACGCCCAGGGUGCUCUCGACUCACUCCUCGGCCGCCUCACCACCAUCCUCGUCGACGAGGCACGGCUGCUCGGCGGCCUCCAUGGCGACGUGGAGUUCAUCAAGGAAGAGAUGGAGUGCAUGAACGGCGUGCUCCUCCACCUCGCUGAGGCUCACCACCUUGACCGCCAUGUUCGCGCUUGGAUGAAGCAAGUCAUCGGCCUCGCCCGCAACUGCGAGGGCAACGUCGAGCUCUACAUCCAUAGCGUCACAGACGCUAGGCACCAGGCCAUUGGCUUCUUUGGCUACUUGCGGCGCAUCGUCCGGUAUGUCCGCACCAUUCCGGAGCGGCACCGGAUUGCGACGCGGAUCCGGGAGCUCAAGGUCAAGGCACAUGACGUGGGCCACAGGCAGCUGAGGUACGGCAUCACCGUGCCACCUGCUGCUGGCCAGGAGGAUGCAAUAUUCAUGGACGGUGAUGUCCAAGCGCCCCAUGGACCGGAAGCAGAGGAGGAAGCUGCUCGGAGACACGCUCUUCUUGUCGACUGUUCGUUGUUGGAGGACAAAGAGGCUUAUGAGCAGAAAAUCAUCGAUGAUAACAUCAAGUCAAUGCUGUGUGAGGAAGGACCUGUUGAAGAGCUGGCAAACAGGGAAUCACACCCGAGGAUAUUCCUGAUGACCUGGGAUGAAUAUUCUCUAUUUCAAGAUUUGGAGACAGUGGAUCGCCGUUUCACAAUUCUUAUUAUGAGAAAACUGUAUGAGCAGGAAAUCAGCUCAUUUAGUUGCAAAGCCUUGGUCAGCCGUUACAAAUUGGAAUCUGUGGUCGUAUUACUGCAGGAAAUAUUGGAGCAAGUGGCGCCCCUUCCAGCUGAACAAGAAGACAUGCCCAGGGUGGAAGCGGAGAAGAGUACAGAAACAUCACUGGGUGAUGAAGAGGACGAUGAGGAAAUGCAACUCACCAAGAAACUUGAGGGGUUCCUCAAAGGUAAACGAUUCUUGAUCAUUCUUCACUAUGUCGAAAACACGGAAGAUUGGAACAUCAUAAGGUCUGCUCUGUUACAUGUUACUGCUCAAGGCUCCCCUGGUAGCGCUAUAGUCAUUACCACACCGAAUGCUGAUUUAGUGAAGUCCCCCUAUAAAAUCCUCAAGCCACAAACUAUAUUAGGUGCUUUCUACAGUAAAACCAAGGAGCUUGUUGAUUGUUCUGGAAGUUAUGUAUAUGGUAUAGGACAUAUUUUAAGAUUAUGUUGGCCUGAUGUCUUUGCACUGAAGAUGUUCCAACAUCUUCUGUAUGUCAACCCUAGAAGAGGUAAAACACAGUUAGGCCACUUUACAAAAACCUUAGAGGGUUGUCGCGACGCAAACAAAAGUGUGGGAAAGCAAAUGGUGAAGAUCUCCUACAAUGACCUGCCUGCCAAGUACAGGAGCUGCUUGUUGUACAUAACCAUCUUCCAAGAAGGUGACCCCAUUAGGAGAACAACCGUGUGUAGAAGAUGGAUAGCUGAAGGCCUUAUAACGUCAAGGCAGAAUCGUGCAGAAGAUGAAGCUGACUGCUGUAUCGAGGCACUCCUCUCACGGGGUCUCAUUCAACCUGGAGAGAUCAGUGACAGAGGAAAGAUCAAGACAUUUACAUUGCAUCGUGUUGUGCAUGAAGUCAUCACCAGGAUUGCUAGAGAUGUAAACUUUGUGGACACGGACCUACCACCUGAUUUGGCUCGCCACCUUCCCGUUCACAGCAGAACUGGGGCGCAAGCAUCUCACGCCAACCGUUCCAUGGAAGCAGCUGAUGGUAAUGGCAUUGUAGCAUUUCUUCCAGACUUGGCAAAGUCAUCUCAGUGGCAGCUAAUGAAGAUGCUAGAUCUAGAAGGUUGCAGAGGCUUAAAGAAGCGGCAUUUGAAGAGCAUUUGUAAAAUAAUACUGUUGAAGUACUUGAGCCUCAGAAACACUGAUAUCACUGAACUACCCAAGCAAAUCGAGAGGCUGCAGUGUCUGGAGACCUUAGACAUCCGGCACACAGCGGUACAGUCAUUCGCCACAAGAUCAAUCAUGCUUCCAAUGCUAAAGCAUCUUCUUUCUGGCCCGAAAGGGUCUCCAGGCAACACCUCCGAUGGGUCUCAGCAUUUGUUUAUGGCAGUGCGCCUUCCUAGAGGCAUCAAAGGAAUGGAAAAAUUGGAGACACUAUCCCAUGUUGAUGUUUCCGACAGUGUUAAUGAUUUAACUGAUGUUGGUCAUCUGUUGCGGCUGAGGAAACUAGGCGUGAUUCUUGGUGGUAGUAAAGGUGGCUUGGGUCUUUUGUUCCAACAGAUUGAAAAAUUACACGGUUGCCUACGCUCCUUGUCAAUCCAGAUCAACCAAGCAUCCAAAGUUAAGGAUACUCUUGGUGCAGAGGAGGUGGUCACAUUAGGCUCACCUCCGAAACUUCUUCAGAGCCUAAACAUUAACGGCAUCAGAAGUGGUCUUCUCAUCUGGAUUACAGAGCUUGAUCAACUUACCAAGAUAACACUGAGUGAGACUUACCUGGGGGAAGAUUAUAUGCGCAUCCUUGGCAAGCUUAGAGCUCUGCGUUGCCUCAGGCUUCGGAGUAAUUCAUACGCCGGAAGCGGGCUCACAUUCAAAGAUGAAGAGUUCAAGAUCCUAAAGUCUUUGGUCGUCGAUGACGGCAUCAUCACCAACAUUACAUUUGACACUGGAGCGGCUCCCAAGCUCGAGACGAUUGUGUGGUCCUUUGCCAAAAUGGAGUCCAUUUCUGGAGUCCUCUGCCUUCCCAGGUUGAAAUGUGUCGAGCUCAAUGGUGACUACGUCCCUGAUCAAGUGAUACAGGCACUUGAAAAGCACCCCAACCAUACUGAGUUUAAGCACAAGCCACGCCAUGGACACCGAGAAUAUGGAGCUACUGUUGCUACCUCCACCUCCAUGAGCAAGUGAUUGAUUACUCUCCAUCAACUGGAAACUUGCUCCGGUCAGUGUUUGCCCCACUCAUUUAUCGUCCUGAAUAAAGAGGCAGCUGCCGGUAGGGAUGCCCUGUCAUCUUCUUUCAGUCUCACGCCUCAUUGUAUCUGAAUCCUUUCUGUUUUGUGUAAUUCGUGUGCCUCUUCUGGAUGUACUUAUGACUUGUGUGUUUGGUUUUAAUUUUUUGUACUCUCCAGACCUGGAUUCUGUUAUGUGCGUGCAUGUUAGUGUGUGAGCUGUAUGCAUGCUCUGGUGUGUAGUGCGGUAUUGAAUUUUCAUUGUGCAAUCUUGUUUACCGCAAA